UUGCUUGUAGUUACUUUUGUAGCCAAGCAAAAGCGCAACGUAAAACGGCAGGGGACGGCCAGUUUCUUUUUUAACUCGUGCUCUCGCAGUUCGCUAGCUUUCGCCGCGGAAGAUGCCUGGUGUAUUAAGAAAUGUCUCGAGGACCUUGCUUCAGCGUACUCUGGGAGCAGCAUCCGCAAAGAGGACACGCAUCCACUGAUGUUCGCACAGUGACACUUAUUCCUGGAGACGGAAUCGGUCCCGAAAUCUCCAGUGCUGUGCAGGAUAUAUUCAAAACCGCCGGUGUGCCAAUCCAGUGGGAAACUGUGGACGUCACGCCAGUGAAGGGGCCAGAUGGAAAGUUUGGCAUCCCACAGAAGGCCAUUGACUCGGUCAAAAACAAGAUUGGCCUCAAGGGUCCUCUGAUGACGCCAAUUGGCAAGGGCCAUCGCUCUCUCAACCUCGCGCUGAGACAGGCAUUUAGUCUUUAUGCAAAUGUGAGACCAUGCCGUUCACUGGAGGGCUUCGAGACGCCAUACAAGGAUGUGGACGUUGUGACGAUCCGUGAAAACACAGAGGGAGAAUACAGUGGCAUUGAACACGAGAUUGUACCGGGAGUGGUGCAGAGUAUCAAGCUGAUCACCGAGCCUGCAUCAAGAAACAUCGCCAACUAUGCAUUCGAGUAUGCCAAAGCGAAUAACCGAAGCAUGGUUACCGCUGUGCACAAGGCCAACAUCAUGCGGAUGUCUGAUGGCCUUUUCCUACACUGUUGUCGAGAAGCUGCUGAGAAAAACCCUUCCAUCAAGUACAACGAGAUGUACCUCGACACACUGUGCCUCAAUAUGGUUCAGGAUCCAUCCAAGUUUGAUGUUCUUGUGAUGCCUAACCUUUAUGGCGACAUCCUUAGUGAUUUGUGCGCUGGUCUUGUUGGAGGACUCGGAGUGACACCGAGUGGGAACAUCGGCUAUGAUGGGGCUAUCUUUGAAUCGGUCCACGGAACAGCACCAGACAUUGCUGGCCAGAACAAGGCAAACCCAACUGCACUUCUGCUCAGCGCCGUCAUGAUGCUGCGCCACAUGAAGCUCACAAACUUUGCCGAUGUCAUCGAGACUGCCUGCUUCGACACAAUCCGAGAAGGAAAGUAUCUCACCGCUGAUCUCGGAGGCAACGCCACGUGUUCAGACUUCACAUCGGAAAUUUGUUCCAAGGUUGUUGCUGCCAAGAAGUAGCCAUUGUAGCAGGGUCUACACCAUCACCGGCCACGAGAAAAAGACAGUCUUUCAUAACGACACUUUAGCUAUGUAGAAA